CAGGCAGCGCUCGAGAGCAGUUGAACAUUGGGAGGCGGGCUCUAGUCUUACUGCACCAAUGACAAGCUGCUGGGGUCAAAGUUGAAGGGUUGAAUCCAAUAUGGCGGCUAACAAACGAGUGCUGUAUGUCGGUGGACUCGCAGAAGAGGUGGACGAAAAAGUCUUACAUGCAGCUUUUAUUCCGUUUGGAGACAUCACAGACAUCCAGAUACCGUUGGACUAUGAGACAGAAAAGCACAGAGGAUUCGCUUUCAUUGAGUUUGAAAUGGGAGAGGAUGCUGCAGCAGCUAUUGAUAACAUGAAUGAGUCUGAGCUGUUUGGAAGAACUAUUCGGGUCAACACAGCUAAACCCAUGAGGAUCAAAGAAGGCUCUUCCCGACCAGUAUGGUCGGAUGACGACUGGCUGAAGAAAUUUUCAGGGAAAACCAGCGAGGAGGCAGAGGGGGAGGCAGCCGGUGGAGAAUCAACCAACACUGCAGCACAGGAGGAUGAACCUCCAGCUAAAAAGGGCAGAGUUAAUCCUCAGGUCUACAUGGACAUCAAGAUUGGAAACAAGCCAGCAGGGAGACUACGCUUCCUUCUCCGAGCUGACAUUGUUCCCAUGACUGCAGAGAAUUUCCGCUGCUUAUGCACACAUGAGAAGGGCUUUGGCUUCAAGGGCAGUAGCUUCCAUCGCAUCAUUCCUCAGUUUAUGUGCCAAGGAGGUGACUUCACAAACCACAAUGGCACCGGUGGCAAAUCCAUCUAUGGUCGGAAGUUUGACGAUGAAAACUUUGUUCUCAAACACACUGCUCCAGGGCAGCUGUCCAUGGCCAACUCGGGGGCAAACACAAACGGCUCUCAGUUCUUUAUCACCACUGAUAAAACAGAUUGGCUGGAUGGCAAACAUGUGGUGUUUGGAGACCUGGUAGAGGGGAUGGAUGUGCUCCGUGCAAUGGAGGCUCAGGGAGCAAAGGACGGCAAGACAAAGCAGAAAGUUAUCAUCUCUGACUGUGGAGAAUAUGUUUGAAUGAUUAAGUGUUCCAGGUUAAGUGUGUCUGAGAGGAGUUUUUUCAGGGUCUUUUUGUACUUUGAAUACACAUCUGUCAUGUAAAUAUUUCAAUAAAUAACUUUUUUUAAAUAAA